GCCAGGUCCUUGUGUGGUUCUGCGUGUUGGAAGAAAGCGCUAGUUUGUUCUCUUGUGUGUCCGCGUUGUAUUCCGUGCUACAUUACUACAAGUAUCUUCCAGGGCGCCCAGUGUGUCACCUUCCAAGGUUCGACCGACCACCUUCCAGCAUGCCACCACCUCAUCCUGUUCGUUCGAAACAUACAUGCUUUUACCGCGGCCUCCCGUGUCACGAGACUUGACGACACAGUUUCCAUGAUCUCUGGCGGACACAUGUGGUGGUUAUUCCUCACCUGCUUACCAGUCCCCUUUGCCAUAUAAGGCUGAUGACAAGACCUCGGAUCUUUAGAAUCCGCAAUGUCGGGGAUGUCCUCGAUGUCCUCGAUGUCGGGGAUGUCCGGGAUAUCCGGUACCGAUGCCGGCGGCGGAGGAGAUGUUGAGCAGCGUGAAGAAAUCGGCUCGAAAGGAGGAGCCGGCGGCGCCGGAGGAAAUGACGACGACGACGGCGACAACUACCCCCCGCCAUCGUAUGGCGGUGGCGAUGCUCCCAACCCUACUGAUAGCCCUGGCACGACAACUACCACGACAACGACGACAAGCACUACAACGACGACAACCACAACAACCACUACAACCACAACAACCACUACAACGACGACGACCACGCACGUCCCCUACCUCUUCCUCAUGUGCACCGUGGGUCAACAUUUCGAGAACGAUCAAGUUUACAAAUCGCUGGGAUGCGAUUACUUAAUCUUCGACAGUGUCAUUCCCACAACAGCUGGGCUCAUCGGGUCUGAAGAUCAGUACGCCUGGACUGCGUUCAAAAGCGUGUCGUGGACAGAACAGCCGAAGCCAGAGUUUGGCAUUUCGUUUCCAGGAAAAUAUGCCACGCGCUUGUCGGCGAGUCUCUCGACCACUGUCACCAAUGAACUGAAGCAGCUGUUCGCCAAAGGGUACAGGUCCUUCGGGGUUCUCAACUGCUACGGAACAGUGGCCGUUCUUUCCGGUACGGAAGGAACCAAACUCAGAGAACUGUUCAACAAAAUCUUCAACGCUAUGACUGCAGCCCAAAGGGGUGCCGGCGUGAACACUUUCUUCGUUGGAGUGCAACUGGCGUCAGGAACUGCAUCGCUAAGCGCCGCAUUCCUGCGGUAUGCCCAUGCUAUAAGCCGCAUGAACAUGCUCAUUGUGCAAAGCCACAUCACACCAGUUCCUCCUAUGAAGGCACCCAACUGCUUUAUCUACCCCACUAGCGCGUGGUCGCAAGCUACCAUCAAGGACAACUCCUAUCCUUCCGUGCAACGAGCCUCCGAAAUGCUCUCUGCCGCACCAGGCUCCGACCUGCAGGCAUUCGGCAUUUCCUUCUCUAUGGCUGCGAAUAUGCACUCCAUCUCCUCCGGCGCGUCGCCUAGUAACACGAGGUUCAAAGAUGCCUGUGUCUCCAGCGCAGUUACCGACAUGAACGACAUAUGUCUCAUCCCGUCAGCGAAUCUCGUUUAUCACACGAACAACACUGAAUCUGUCCACUGGGGCUACGUGACCGGAAAGCGAUUCGUCUACUCCUUCAGUAAAGCGGAGAACCUGGCUGAAUUGUACAACAAAGCUAAGGUGAAUGUGCAAAGCAGCAAGAAGUUUGGCAUUCUGCUAGUGGACAUCCCGUUCGAUUACGGAGAACAGUGUUCUACUGGACAAUUUGCAAGAGUGAAAGCAGUGAGAAACUUUCUCAACGACCUACGACCCACAGCGAACCCGUGAAAGAAUGGAGGGGAGUUACUCCAUUGGUUCGGCGCAUUCUUUUUCUUUUUCCCUUUAGUCGUUCUGAGCUUGCGUAAGCAAUAAAGGUGAUUGAUUGCACA